AUGAGUGGACGUCUUAUAUUUGAAAAACAGCGGGAAGCUUUAAUUGCCCAAGUGGCACAGAGUAUGGAGCAGAUAAUAACGAAUUUGAAUAUUUUAAACAGAAAUAUGGAGAGUUUUAUUUCAGUAUCCGUUGGAAAAGAGUUUGAGAGUGUAUCUACAUUAUGGAAGAUGUUUCAUGAUGUAUUAUCAAAAGAAGAACCAUAUUCUUUGUCUGAAGAGACUCAAGAAGCAGGACAGAAUGAAGAAGCACAGACAUGA